CUGCCCACCCAGCAGCCCCUGAGCCCACGGGUGUUGAAGGUCACACCAGGGGAGCGCUGAGUACUGCCAACACUUUGGCUUUUAUUCUCCAGGCUUGGCUGUAGCUGCAUCCCUGUGGCUCUCCACUCCCUCUCCCCCUCCAUCUUGUCAGCCGUUCUCUUUCGGCGGCACUUAAUCUUCUCAUCGUUCUCCUUCUCCCUGCUGUGCGCUGCUGCUUUUGUUCCUCCACUCUCAGAAGGAAUCUGACCUUUGCUUUAUUUCACUCCUGGCUUUUACUAACUGGGCACCAGCUUUAUUUCCCUACCUCUGCCUCCCUACCCCUACUCUUUAUGCGUAAAUUCAGCAUCUGCAGAGAGCCUACGCGAAGCCUCCUGCAUUCAGCCGCAUCCCUAAGCACGCAGCCCAGGAGAUGCUCAAGGGCGUGGAGGUGCAGGUUUGGAAAGGGAUGAACACACACCAUCGUACCCACAGCAAAGCAGGGCUGUUACGAAACUCCCGUUCAUGCUUUCCCAUCCCUUACGCGGCUCACUGGCAGAACAGCGUUUCUGUGCAUAACAAAGCAGGGUCAGCAAAUUAAAUAUAAAUUAAAUAUAAAUAACUGGCAGAUAAGCAGCUGCGCUCCGAAGGUGGAUAGUCAGUAUGUCUGUCUCCCAGGACUGCAGUCGCCGGCAGAUCCAUAGCAAUCCUGUCGCAAGAAGAGAAAGGAAGGGUGACCCGUCGUUUCCUGCCUCACGCCUGCUGGGAAUUUGAGUCCCUUGUCAGAGCUCGUCACCACGUCCCCCGUGCCAGCCUCGGGGCACGCCAUGCUCUGCUUCACCGACUGAAUUUAAACCUCUUACGUGCUGCUCAGUUGGAGGGUUUCAUAUUAAGUGUCCAAAAUCAGGGCUCAGGUGUUUUGUAGAAACUGGAAUUUUUACCUCAAACCAAAACAUGUGUUUCAGUAAGACACAGUGGAGCAAAGUGAUACAUGCCAGGUGUGGGAAACUGGGGAAAAAACCAAAGGAGAACAAGCUUCACACAGGAAGAAGCAUCUUUGCCUGAUUAUGUGUUCACAGUUAAUAUUCCCAAAUGGAGCAGACUGGAGCCCCAUCCUGCCAACAAUCAUCUUUUGCUGAAUCCCAUUUAAAGUCUCCAGCAGCCAUACAGAAUUAGUCCCAGCACCGUGACUUUUCCAUCAUGUCAGAACCUAUCACGCUCAAUGUUGGAGGAAAACUCUAUACCACCUCUCUGUCCACUCUGACUAGCUUUCCAGACUCCAUGCUGGGGGCCAUGUUUAGUGGGAAGAUCCCAACCAAGAAGGACAGCCAAGGCAACUGCUUUAUUGACAGAGAUGGCAAAAUCUUCCGCUAUAUCCUGAACUUUUUACGAACUUCUCACUUGGACCUCCCGGAAGAUUUUCAGGAAAUGGGCUUACUGCGACGGGAAGUCGAUUUUUAUCAAAUUCAGCCCCUGAUUGAGGCCUUGCAGGAGAAGGAGGUAGAGCUUUCUAAAGCAGAGAAAAAUGCCAUGCUCAACAUCACCCUCGAUCAGAAGACCCAGACCGUUCACUUCACUGUCCGAGAAGCACCCCAGAUUUACAGCCUGUCUUCCUCCAACAUGGAAGUGUUCAGUGCUCAUAUCUUCUCCACAUCAUGCCUGUUCUUGAAGCUUCUUGGUUCCAAACUCUACUACUGUUUCAAUGGAAACCUUUCCUCAAUAUCCAGUUACCUGCAGGACCCCAACCACUUGACCUUAGAUUGGGUUGCGAGUGUGGAAGGCCUUCCUGAAGAGGAGUACACCAGGCAGAACUUGAAGAGACUCUGGGUGGUUCCAGACAAUAAGCAAAUCAAUAGUUUCCAGGUGUUUGUGGAAGAAGUGCUGAAAAUAGCCAUGAGUGAUGGUUUCUGCAUAGAUUCUGCUCAUCCACAUACUUCAGAUUUCAUGAAUAAUAAGAUUAUUCGCCUAAUUCGGUACAAGUAGGAAUGGCUGUUUGUUGUGGUGCCAGCAUGGAGAUAACACAGGUUAAGUGUUUCCCUUUAAAACACACUUACAGCCUAAUUCAGAAUCAUGCUUAUCUGGAUUAAGAGUCACUAACAAGGAGAUGAUUUUCCUUUAAUGUACUUACCAAUACGACCUUUCAGAAUGUGUCUAUAUUCCAGACAGAAGCAAUAUUGACUAGCAUCCUGAAUUAAGGACUGGCACUGUCUCUGCCUCUGCCUCUGACCUGCUGUACAAUUCUGGGGAAAAUCACUUAACUUCUGUACUCUCUACAUUUUCCAUUUGGAAAAUGGGUGAUCCUUAACCUGCAUUGCCAGGGGAUCCGAGGGUUCAGUAACCAUGGUUUGGAUGUAUCUGGAGAACGGAUGCAGUGAAAGGUACCAUGGAGCUGCAGUGCAGCAGACAGCCCUAGAAGCACAUUUGCCAUGUCUUGCUGUAUCACCUGUGCAGAGCAUUCAGGAAGCUUGUUUGGAUCCAUGGAGAAGAAGCCUUCCCACAUGUACUCAAUACAGCUGUAAAGGAUGGUGCAAGUUGCAAAUGAGUAAGGGAUCCCAUCUCUUUGCGUUCAACAAAGGAUUUCUGUCACCCUGUGAAGCUGACUUGGGUUUUUUCCUGAACCCUGUGAGGAAGCCCCUGCUUUAGUGUGCUUUCAGGGAAGCUGUGAUGGAAUAAUGUGACUGGCAAGGAAGCCAUAGAAGAGACAAUAGCGUUAUUAUAAACCAAGAUUAAACCUUUACUUUUACAUUCCAAAGACAUCCAAGACAACUAGUCCUUUUCUUUCUCUUACAAUGUUAAUAUUUAUCUGGAGGAUGCUGCUGAAACUUUCUAAGGUGAAGACAGAUUUUGAGGCUGAGGCUCCCAAAUGUCUUCGAGACAUUUGAGCCUCUUUUGGGCAUAACUCCCUUCAGCAGUACCUGGAAUGCAUGGGAAUACAUAGGAUGGAAUUUCAUUUGAAAAGACAACAUUCUCACCAGGUUAUACCUAACAUUUUUCAUCGCAAAAGCAGAGGGUCAUUUUUCCUACCCUGGUUCACUAAGCCUUUUUUUUUGUUUUUUCUUUUUUUGUUUUUCUUUGUGAAAUGGUCAGGUCACUUAAAGAAUUUUACCUGCUUGCUUGGCUUCAGUGUCAGCUUGCCAGAGGGAAGGCAGUGGGAAACCAGAGGUCAAACUCUUCCCUACACACCUGGUCUGUGCUGUAAUUAAGAUCGUAACUCACUAGCUGCAUGUUGUCUCUAAAUAUCAUUUGUGCCACGUUCAGGAUGGUUCUUUCUCAGUAAAUUGUGUUUAAAACUAUCUUAACUGUAUUUCCCUAACCAGAUUGCUGUGAGUGCAUGAGAGGCCCUCUGGAACAUUUUCAGGUAUCUUUCAUGGGAGAGAAGGGCAAAUGCAAUAACUAAGUUUUGCAUUUAGUGUUUUAGUGCUUCUAAAGGUUUCUAGCAUAGGGCUGCAAAGCUCAGUACUCUGUAUGUUCUUGUUUCCUAAAGUAACUACUCUGUUGUUACACUAAGCUGACCUGUGAACAAGCAUAAAGAAGCUUUUCUUUUUUUCUUGUAAAAAAAACAGUGUGAUCAAUAUAUUUCUACUGUCCCAAGCUGUGACUGCAUGAACAACACAAAUCAGCAUGCUGAUGGGUAAAAUGCUCAUUCUGCAGUUGUUACAAACCACUACCCUUUGUCUGACUUGGUGCUAAACCAGCAUAUACAUGGGACCAUGUUGUCAGAAGGCACUGAUUGGGCUUGAAGCCCUCAGAACCACUAAACGUGGCAAAUUUUGUGUAUUUUGAGGAUUGUAAACAGGAUUUUGUGACCAAAUUCCAGUUUGAGUCACCAUGUUCCUCUAUAUUUAGUCUCAUUAGGAAGAACUUUUUUUUUUUUUCCAUCCCAGUCCUGAAUUACAAAGUACAAGUUAGCCAGUCAGCUGGACACUGACAGAGGUGAUUGGUGCUGGUAAUAUGAUCUGUUAAAAGAACCCUCUCAUCAAAUCUGUGACUUGAAACAGAUAUGCUGUUGCUGAAUUUAUGAUAACAGAGAUUUUAGGGAUUCUUGACAGUAUUUCUUUUUAACCCAGACCCUUGAGAGUAGAGUAGUUAAAUGACCUGUAACCGGAGCUUUUGUAUGUCAUGACUAAAAUAAUACUCACCGGUAGGAAUUUGUUUCCUAUCAGCUUGAGUUUAUCCAAAGGCAAGAGCAGUGGGCUUAGAACUCAUUUGAAAUGGUGGAGGGGGAAAGUCUGACCUACACCCUUUAGAGCUGUGGAUCAGUACUGCCCCAUUCUGUUUCAGUAAAAUGAAAUAUUCCAUGGGAGAGUUGAAUCAUUACUGCAUUUUUUUUUUUUGUUGAAAAGCAAGUAAGAGGAGUCUAUAAAAUGAGAGAACUGGACUCAGAUCUUCAUCUUCACCUGGAGUGCUUUAACCCAUCAGUAUGUUAUGCAAAAUAUGAACACAUUUAUUUGUGUUCAUGCAGCCAAGUCAGUAAAAGGUACAGCUGGCCCCAGAUCUCUGUCAUUUAUUAAUAGACAGUGAGAUGCAAAGUAUCUCUCUUUUAUAUAUGUAUAUAGAUGCAAAAUUUCCAACCAGUAUAAAGACAUGAGUGAAGCCAUGCUUUGGGAGGAACAGCAAAACUUGAGGUACCUCAAACUUGCUAAGCACAAUAAAUAUGUAAAAAAAAGUAUGAGGUACUAUUUAUACUGGAAAUGGGCGGUAAGUGAAUCACUUGUGAUUGCAGUCAAACAUAUGUUCUACAAAUGCAGCUGCUAUUUCAGACUCUACACUAAGCUUAAUUUAUAGCUGCUCCCAAAUUCUGCAGUCUGUGAGUUACGAUAUAAUGACUGUUUAUAGGAAUGUUCUCUCUCCAGAGCAUUUGUUUGCAUUUUAUCUGAAUAGCUGUUUUUUGUUUACCUUCUUUUUCUGAGCCCUGGAGGUGUAACUUGCUCUUGUUUACCAGUCAACAGCACUGAAAAUGAUUCUUCUCAAGAGUUUUCCUGAAUUAAAGAGAAGCAAAUGUGCACAAAUCCUAAGUACAGCACAACCCCAUCACUAGUCAUGGAAAGCAUUUGGCAUUUAUUAGCAAUACCAUCUAAAAAUUAUUUCACUGUUCAGUGGAAUAUUCACUUUCAGAGCAAACUUUUUUUUUUUUCCUGGAAAGGAUCUAGUGACAUUUUCUUCCCUUAAAGUUUUGUGUCUGUUUUCUUUUACAUCUUGUUGCAUAACUCCUGAUUCUGCCAUAUGCCCAUCUCCCUCAAUACCUUAGUGUACAAAAUGAGGCCAAGCCCUGCAAUUUAUUUUUUUUAAUGGCCUCUUUUCUAUUUUUCUUUUUUUUUCCCUAAAUGACCACUGAAUAGGAUGUUCAGUAGUGUUUGAGGAGAAAAGUACGAGAGUUAGGGCAGAUUUUAGCUGUAGUCCAGUGGCAUUCUCAGAUCUGAACAUGUGCAUAGCACAGUGGUGUUUCUCACGUGGCAAAAAGACUAUUACAAUACAUCUUAAUGGGACUCCAGAAAGAAUCACUCAUGGAUUUCUUUACAUGUUUUUAGGCUUGAUAUCUCUUAAAUAUCUAACAAUGUCCAGUUACAAUGAUGAGACUGAAACUGUACAUAAAUAGUAAGAGAUACUUGGUUUAUACAGCUGUUAAAGGCUGGGAGGAGUUGAUGGGAGGAGUGUUUGUUUCGGCAGGCAGUGGUAAAGAAAUAAAAGAUUUACAAUAAAGUUGUAAAAAGUUAGAUCUGAAAGAAUCACAUUAACAAGAAAACCAGGAUUUAGAAGUGAGAGAAUAAAAAUAUAUUGAUGUGUUCAGGAAAAAAAAACAACAAAAACAGCAAGAUAACAAUGGAGACAAAGAUUUUGCUACAAGAGUCUGUGGUUAGAAUGAUUCAUUGGUCCUUUCCAGUUUUAAUCUCCUAUUAUGCACUUUAAAUAUGGGUCAUGCCGAGACUUAUGAUAGCAGCUUCUCAGGAGCAAGCAGCUUUGCUUCAAUUUGCAUGUGCUUGAAAUCACCAAACGUUGGAACUGCUGUACUUAGAACUUUAUCACUGGGUUGUUGAGUAUAAAUUGCUGCUUAAGUUCACUGGAAGCAAAUAUCUCCAGUCAAUCAGAUUUAUUCCCAGGAAUAAAAGGCAAGGUGGAAGCGGAGGUGGAGUCCAUAUAUAAGGUUGGUGGAAGUGAUAAAUACUGCCUUCAGCCAUAGACGGUGGAAAACAAGUCCAGGAUCUUCUGAUACUUUACAGAUUAAUAGAGAAGUAAUGAAGAAGACUCCUCUGGGCAGUUUUAUUUUCACUUCAUCCUGCAGAACUUGGUGCCACUGCUCAGAAUUUCAAUGUAUUUUGAAACAUUUAACUUCCAUUCUGCACCCACAUGCUGAUGGACACAAACAUGCAGGGCACAAGCAGUGCUAAUAUGCGGCCCUCCCAGUAACAGUCCCAUAUGUGAAUUAAUAUGGGCAAUCACAGAUAGUCUGUGCAAGAAAGGCUGAUUGUGUAUAAAGAUCCAGAUCAAGCUCACAGGUUCACUUGGGAAUAACACAAUGAAUAUUUUCCCUGUGAAUUCAGGAAAAAAAAAAAGGAGCUAUAGGGGAAGGCUAUAUCUAAUAAUUUCUUUUCUCCUCAUCCUCUUGGCAUUACCCUCAGUGUUUUCUUACUCCAAAUCCUAAUUGAAGGAUUUUCCCAUUGAUCAGAAUUUGAACUAGAGGCCGUGCUUUUGAAUCAAUAGUGUUUGAAAAGAUGGUCUUUAUUGCUUACCACCUUCACAGAGGGCCUGCCUGUAGGGCUGUCUCAUUUAAAAAUCUGAUUGCAUUCCUCUGCUUGUAACUCUUUCUGUGAACUGUUACUAAUAUGUAUUUUAGAAAGUAGUAAAUAAAAUUUGAGUGAAGCAGGAA